AUGGAAAUGCGAUACAUCUCUUUGCAGAAGCGCGUGCCCGUCUGGAAACGUCAUGUCUUUCCGGCUACUCCUGUUGGGAGCUCCGAUCCGUUUGAACUGCCUUCUAAUCUUACUCCAGCUCUCAAGCGGGUCAAAUCAAGAGCGAAGCUACCGGCGAAAGGAUCCGGUGCUACAGCAAGUCUGUCCAAGUUGACGACAUUCAAUAAAUGCAGUUCUUUCUUGGGUGCCCCACCGCUAAGAUGUAGUCCUCGGAAAAAUCCAGCUUCGGUUGCAAAGCCCAAUCCGGACUGUGACGCUAUUUUGAGUAAAGAGAGCUCUUCGGAAGUCUCUACGACUACAGUUCUCGGUAGCGACGACUGUAAAGCCGAUGUCCCAACUCCAUCUAGAGCAAGAGUAAUCGGCGUUACAUCUUAUGACCAAACUAUCUUCAUGAACGAACGUGAUGUUUUCAGAGUAAUCUUUUCCCAACCUCUUUGCCACCAAAGAAACCUCGUCUUUCCUUUAUGCACAUGAGC